ACAGACUUACACAAGACUUGAAACCACGGCCAGUUUUCCAGUUCUCACGUCGGCCUCUCACCACGCGCGGCGGGUGUGCACGGGGUCUCCUGGAUUUCCUCUUCAAACCAUGGAGAAGAAGGACCGAAGCCCCUGAAGGGGGACCGUGGGAGGUGCCGAGGCAGGUGCGCGUGAUGGUGGGACACGGAGGUGGGAAGCUCAGCGCCGACCUGCCUGCCGGGCUGCCGGAUCUCCUGGAGGCCGUGAAGAUCCUAAUGUGUGAAAAUGAAGUCCCAGUCAACCAUGAUUUGCUGUUUAAUGUUAUUCCUGACCACAGAAUGUUCUCUUUAUAGGGCCAAGAUCCACAUAAAAGAUGGAGAUAAAUGGCAACAUCCUGAAGAGAAACCCAAGACUGGAAGGAUACAAGAGAAAUGCCAUGGACCUUGCAUCACUUCAUCCAACUGCAGCCAGCCCUGUGCUCAAUCUUUUCGUGGAGAAAUAGGAUUUACAUGUAACCAAAACAAAUGGCAAAAAUCAACUGAAACGUGUACAAGUCUUUCUGUGGAAACGCUCUUUCAGGACUCGAAAAGUGUACCACGUCUUUCCAUCGCAGCGCCUUCCAUGACCCUGCCCAUUCUUGACUUUCACGCUCCUCCGGAGCCCCUGAAGAGCGUAGCGCAAGGAAUCCUCAGGAAUUGCCCGCAGGACUACGCUUGCAUAAUUGAAGCCGUGAAAUCCUCCAAAGCCACGUCUGGAAAUAUCGCAUUUAUUGUGGAGUUACUAAAAAACAUUUCUACAGACUUGUCUGUUAAUGUUACCCAAGAGAAAAUGAAGAGCUACAGCGAGGUGGCCAACCACAUCCUCGACACAGCAGCCAUUUCAAACUGGGCUUUCAUUCCUGACAAGAAGGCCAGCUCAGAUUUGCUGCAGUCAGUGAAUUUGUUCGCCCGGCAACUCCACCUCCGCAAUGCAUCUGAGAACAUUGUGGAUGAACCCUUCAUUCAGACGAAAGGGUUUCACCUCAGCCACAAUACGUCGUUGGAGGAAAGUUUCAGAUUCUCCGGGAACGUGAACAAUACACCAGAGGAAAUCUUAGGAAUGAUAGAGAUUCCCAAGCAUCAUCUGUGGAAGCUGCCACCAAAUGACUCCCAAGCCAUCACCAUAGCGUUUCCCACCUUGGGGGCUGUUCUGAAAGAAGAGCACAUGCCCAAUGUGAGUCUUCCCAGGCUGGUAAAUGGCCUGGUUCUUUCGGUGAUUUUACCAGACAGAUUGAAGCAGAUCAUACUCACGUUCGAGAAGAUCAAUAAAUCCCAGAGUGCUAGGGCUCACUGUGUUGGCUGGCAUUCCAGGAAAAGGAGAUGGGAUGAGAAGGCGUGUGAAAAGACGUUGGAUAUCAAGAACAGAGUGAAAUGCCGGUGUAACUACACCAAUGCAGUGAUGUCUUUUUCCAUUCUAAUGUCCCCCAUAUCGAUAGAUGACAAAAUCCUGGAUUACAUCACCUGCAUUGGGCUCAGCGUCUCCAUCCUUAGCUUGGUUCUUUGUCUGCUCAUUGAAGCUACGGUGUGGUCCCGGGUUGUUGUGACAGAGAUAUCAUACAUGCGCCACGUGUGUAUCGUGAACAUAGCCGUGUCACUCCUGACUGCGAAUGUGUGGUUCAUCAUAUCCUCCAACUUUAGCAAAAAGGCCCGGGACCACAAGUGGUGUGUUGCAAUGACAUUUUUUAGCCAUUUUUUCUACCUCUCUCUGUUUUUCUGGAUGCUCUUCAAAGCUCUGCUCAUCAUCUAUGGAAUAUUGGUCGUUUUUCAUAGGAUGAUGAAGUCCCGCAUGAUGGUAAUUGGUUUUAUCAUUGGCUAUGGGUUCCCACUGAUCAUCGCUGGCACCACAGUUGCUAUCACAGUGCCAGAGCAAGGCUACAUGAGACAUGAUGCCUGUUGGCUUAACUGGGACAAUACCAAAGCCCUUUUAGCAUUCGCCAUCCCAGCCUUGGUCAUUGUGGCCGUGAACCUUCUUGUGGUUUUGGUUGUUGCCGUCAACACUCAGAGGCCCUUUAUUGGCAGUUCCAAGUCUCAAGAUGUGGCCAUAAUUAGAAGGAUCAGUAAAAAUGUUGCCAUCCUCACCCCACUGCUGGGACUGACCUGGGGUUUUGGGAUAGCCACUCUCAUCAAAGGCAAUUCCUUGGUAUUCCACAUAAUCUUUGCCCUGCUCAAUGCUUUCCAGUUUCCAUGGCAGAAAAAGUUGACCCGCACUUAUGGAGGACUAGUAGGGGUUCUUCAUCUUGCUGUUUGGAACCAUUAUGGAUCACAAGCACACCAUCAAGUCAACAGGAGGCUAUAUAUAAGAGAUGCUUUGAAGAUGAAGAUGUCUUCACUUAAGGGGCCAGCAAGAGUAGCAGAGAAUGCAUCGUUAAGUCCAAACAAUGGAUCUAAAUUAAUGAAUCGUUGAAGAUGAGAUAGCUUCCACUGUUUUGCCUAAGCUUCCCCAUUUCUCAUGGAUGCUUGCUGCCCUAGACUGAGAGCUGAGUUUCAGGAGAAGGGCUGGCAUGAGAGGAGAUAGGUCUGCUUCCUUAGGAGACUUCUCUUCUUGCCUGGAGCAACACCUGAAUUCUCAGGGUGUUAAUGUUUGCUGAGGAAACAUGGUGGUUAACAUUUGGUGACUAGCCUUUAAAAAAAGCUAUCUAUUGACCAAUCUUUUGACCUACCCUUGACCUGAAAGAAUCUGGCUUUCUGGUCAACCUUGACAAGAUUAAGAAUUAAUAUGCAAGCUGUUUUAUAAACUCUGGAAAAGCCUGGGACUAUCAAAGUCCUGCAGGAUUUGAUCAGCUUUCCUUUCUGAGGUCUACUCUGUGCUCAGCCAUCAAUCUCUCUGAAUAGAUCCUGUGCAUGAUGAGGGACCUGGUUAGAUCUGGUUUCAGGGGUGUGGUUGAGGGAGUAGUGGGAGGUAAGGUGGCAAGAGAAACAUUUAAUCUACUUUGGAGAAAAUUAAGUCAUGCAGCUUUCCUGAAGAUAGAGAACAGAAGAAAAAUAAGAGGACUUCUUAACUUGUUUAUUAUUGUAGUCUAUUUUAGACCUUGAGUAAAAUUAACUCAACUCUUAGAACAUUAGUUUCCUCAUUUGUGAAACAGGAAAAUUAUUAUUUUAGGUAUUAUUA